AUGACUGUCCGCCACGUCACCGUCGACAAACCGCUGUUCAAGCUGGGCAUGACGCUCGGAGAGGGUGAGUGGAAGCGACGAGCAAACCUUCCGACCGAGGCUGACAAUAAAGGUGCACUCUGGGACACACGCACCAACCGACUGUACUUUGUCGACAUUGACAACUGCAGGGUGUACACCUACGAACCUGCUUCAAAGACGCUCGGAUAUGAGACGUUUCCUGGAAAGGUGUCCUGUUUGGCGUUGACCGAGAGUGGCGACGGACUUGUUGGUACCGACGAAGUCGGAUUCAUCCACAUCCCGGCCUCCUCCCUGCCCUUCCCGCCCACCAACUCGGCCACUCCCAAGCGCGUCAACCAGCUGGGACCGACGAUCCCUCUCGGUGCGCAGGAGAAGCGCUUCAACGACGGCGCGGUGGACCCGGCCGGCCGGUUCUUGGCCGGCACCAUGGGCCGCGAGCACGAGCAGGUCGUUGGGCGCAUGUACUCGCUGCAGAAGAACGGCAAGGGGUGGGAAGCGCCGUUGGUGCUGGACAAUAUCACAUGUACCAAUGGCAUGGGGUGGAGUCCUGACGGCAGGACCAUGUACUUUACCGACAGCUGGAUCCAGGAGAUUGCAGCGUUCGACUACGAUGUGGCUACGGGCACCAUGUCCAACCGCCGCACGUUCUCGCGCCUCGUGGACCCCGCCUACGGCGAGCCCGACGGCCUGUGCAUGGACGCUGCGGGCGGGGUGUGGAGUGCGCGCUGGCAGAGCGGCAAGGUCGUGCGCUUCGACCCCACGGGCCGGAUCACGGACGAAGUCGACAUCCCGACCGCAUGGCACGUUACGUGCGUGGUGUUUGGCGGCGACAGGCUCGACGAGCUGUACGUCACGACCGCCGACACGGGGUACAAUGGCGAAGUCAUCCCCGAGCGGGUCGACGGGGGCAGCCUGUUUGUGGUCGCGGGACUGGGUUACACAGGCGUCGAGAGGACGCGGUUCAAGGAUGCGUAG